AACAUGGAGAUUUUGUACCAUGUCCUGUUCUUAGUGCUCAAAUGUCCUAACCUGAAGCUGAAGAAGCUGCCCUGGCUGCACAUGCCGUCAGCCGUGACGUAUGCUCUGGUGGUGGUGUCUUACUUCCUCAUCACCAGAGGAAUCAUUUAUGAUGUUAUUGUUGAAUAACCUCCAAGUGUUGGCUCUAUGACUGAUGAACAUGGGCAUCAGAGGCCAGUAGCUUUCUUUGCCUCUAGAGUAAAUGGACAAUAUAUUCUGGAAGGACUUGCAUCCAGCUUCCUGUUUACAAUGGGAGGUUUAGGUUUCAUAAUCCUGGACCAAUCAAAUGCACCAAAUAUCCCAAAGCUCAAUAGAUUUCUUCUUCUAUUCAUUGGAUUCGUCUGUGUCCCAUUGAGUUUUUUCAUGGCUAGAGUAUUCAUGAGAAUGAAACUGCUGAGCUAUCUGAUGGGUUAGAGUGCCUUUGAGAAGAAAUCAGUGGAUACUGGAUUUUUUCUUGUCAAUGAAGUUUUAAAGGCUGUAACAAUCCUCUAAUAUGAAAUGUGGAAAAGAAUGAAGAGCAGCAGUAGAAGAAAUAUCUAGUGAAAAAACAGGAAGCAUAUUGAAGAUUGGAUUAGAAUUUC